CAAAGACCUUCAGAGGGCCGGCGAGAAACCACUCGCAUGGCGGUGUACGGCACUUUGGCGGCCAAAAGACGAGUGGCUUUAAGCGUUCAGUCAUUCUAAGCGGAGCGCCAUUUGAGUCUUGGCCGUAGAGGAGGAAGCAAAAACAGUUUCGCAUAUCGGACUUAUCCUUAGCAUGAAGAAGUGUCUGACGCCUUGGUUGCUGCUGGUCUUCGGCCUCGUGCUCUCGGACGCUGCGUCGUACUGGCAACGUCGGAACCUGUUAUGCAUCAGUUGUGGCGCCCAAUGUCAGAAGCCGUGCUAUAUCGAGAAGCAUGGGGCAUGUAUUCUUAACCUCACGGAGUGUCCUGAGAGGUCCAAGUAUGACCAGAGAAGUUCUGACAACAUUGAAGCCACACCCGAUUACUAUCCUCGCAGUGAUAGAUCAAAGAUAAAGGGUCGGAUUCACCUGGCAGCAUGUAAUUUGGGUUUUAGCUGACUGCGUGACAUGGUAUUGGCCUGAGUGCUGAUGCAAGGAGACCCAAAGGAGCGCCAUCCCGUGAACAGCAGCAGCCAGCCCUUGACUCCUGGCCUGGGCCUGGUCACGCCACCGCACUCAUUACUACUGUGUUUGCAUCAGCGUGUGUUGUACUCCUAAUCUAAUAAAGAGUCAAGCCGUA